AUGGCGGCUUUAGAAGAACACGAACAAUUUAUAAGAAGCUUCUUAUCUCAAAAAGAAAAAACAUUAGAAGAUUUGUCGGAUGCCCUUAUAGCAGCGUAUCCGGAACAAAGAGGUUUUUCUGUUCGAAGUAUAAAACGCUUUUGCAAGGAAAAUGGAAUUAGAAAGAGAGGCAUUAUUUCUGACGAACAUCUUGAUGAUGCUGUAAAAAAUGCUGUUUCCGAGGUUGGUCCAGUUUAUGGGCGGAAGAUGAUGAAGGGUUAUUUGGAUAGCAAAUGUGGAUUUUCACUUGCCUCUGAGCAACGUGUUCGAAAUUCCUUGGCCAGGGUUUCACCAUUAUACCAGCAACAGCGUAACGCACGAACCGAAAGACUUACAAAUCCACAUCCAUACAUCGCAGAAUAUUUUGGCCACAAGUUGCACUUAGACCAGAAUGAAAAAAUAGCUAUGUUUGGUGUCACACAUGUUUGUGCAAUUGAUGGAUAUUCCAGGUUUAUUACUGCAUUUUCAUGUAUGCCAGUAAAAAACAAUGUCGUGAUUUAUGACAUGUUCAGGAAUAUCAUACUAAAUGAAGGAUUAUUUGAUCAGAUCAGAGUUGAUCAUGGGAUGGAGUUUGUCCUCUUACUGUAUGUCCAAGAAAUGUUGGCUGAGUUCAGAACAAAUCAAGGUAGAGAUCCCCAUCGUCAAACAGAAUCAAAAAAGAAUCUUGUGAUUGAAAGAUUCUGGGUGGAAGUAAAUGCAAGAGUUAAUUACCCGAUUAAAUCAGCUUUGCGUCAAAUGGAGGAAAGAAAUUUAAUUGACAUGGAACUUGAGAAUGUUAAACAUUCUGUUUCAUCAGUCAGUUUGAAAGUAGCUUUUGUGGGAAUGGAGAAAGCAGUUCGGUCAUGGAAUCAUCAUGCUAUACCAGGAGUUGGAAGGCCAAUUGAUCUCAGAAACAACAACAAUAGAGUGGCAAAAGUGCCGUUGAACAUGAUUCCAACAUGCGAGGAGGCGGUUGCAAGGUAUGAAAACGAUGGUGGAAAGAUAACACGUUUUCCUGCAUUUGGCCAAGAUCCAUUAUUCACAAAUCCACAUUUACAAAAUGAAAGAGAGGAACAAUUUAAUCAUAUUAACUGGGAACUGGUAUAUGGCAAGCUAGUUAAUCAUGAUAAUACACAUUUUUGCAAUGCUAUCAUGAUGCACUUGAACAUAACACAACAAUUAAUGUCUAGAUGAUAUCAAUCAUUAAUCUCAAAAAAAGGCGUUUAACAGUCUUGUGUCCAUUGCUAUCGCUGUAUAUACUGUAUGAUAUUCAAUGCAACUUUUUGAUAAAAUCAUCAAAACUAUUAAGAGAAAUUGUGGCAGUGUUGAAGCCAUCCUCUCUGCACUUUGGGCAUGUUGUUUUUCCAGUGUCUGUCCAUGUUUUUACACAUUCAAAACAACCAAUGACUGACUCACAACAACUGGAAAC